CUGGUGCCGCCGCCGCGGGAACCCACCACGGCGGCCGAGGCCUUCUGGAAGAUGCCGCAUAAAGACGAGCUGAUGCACAGCGCGGCGAUGGGCGGCGGCGCGCUGUUCGGUUGCUCGUCCGCCGGCCACAGCGGCAUAAACCAGCUCGGCGGGGUGUACGUCAACGGCCGACCGCUGCCGGACUCCACGCGCCAGAAGAUCGUGGAGCUGGCCCACUCCGGCGCGCGGCCCUGCGACAUCAGCCGCAUCUUGCAGGUCUCCAACGGCUGCGUCUCCAAGAUACUUGGCAGAUCAACAUGGAACAUGAAGUACUACGAGACGGGGUCCAUCAAGCCGCGCGCGAUCGGCGGGUCCAAGCCCCGGGUGGCGACCACGCCCGUGGUCCAGAAGAUCGCCGACUACAAGCGGGAAUGCCCGUCGAUAUUCGCGUGGGAGAUCAGGGACCGCCUGCUCAGCGAGAACGUGUGCAAUAACGACAAUAUACCCAGUGUGUCCUCAAUAAACCGGGUACUCCGGAACCUGGCCUCGCAGAAGGAGCAAGCAGCAUCAGCCCAGAACGACAGCGUGUACGAGAAGUUGAGGAUGUUCAACGGGCAGGCGGCGACGGGGUGGUGGUAUCCCAGCCUCCCCACCGCGCCCGCGCCGGCUAUCCCGGCGCCGUUACCGCCGCAGCUGAACAGGCCCGCCGCGGAGGAGCAUAAACGAGUGGAUCCCCUGCAGUCGGAGGCGGGUUCUGACGGCAACAGCGAGCACGCAUCAUCGGGUGACGAGGACUCCCAGAUGAGGCUGCGACUGAAGAGGAAACUACAACGAAAUAGAACCUCCUUCACCAACGACCAAAUAGAUAGUCUUGAAAAAGAGUUCGAGCGCACGCAUUACCCCGACGUGUUCGCGCGGGAGCGGCUGGCCGAAAAGAUUGGAUUGCCUGAGGCACGUAUCCAGGUGUGGUUCUCAAACCGUCGCGCGAAGUGGCGGCGAGAGGAGAAGUUGCGGAGUCAGCGACGCGACGCCCCCGCGUCUCCCCCCGCGCCGCCCGCGCGGUUGCCCCUCAACGGCGGAUUCAACUCCAUGUACAGCCCCAUACCGCAGCCCAUAGCCACCAUGAGUGAUACGUAUAGUUCGAUGUCGGGCGGUCUGUCGUCGUCGUGCCUGCAGCAGCGUGACGGCGGCUACCCAUACAUGUUCGGUGAUGUCCUCGGCGGUGGAGGCUACUCGCGCGCGCCGGCGGCACACCAGCAGCACGGAUACUCGCAGCCGCAGGCAGCUGGUAGCACUGGUGUGAUAUCGGCGGGCGUGAGCGUGCCGGUGCAAAUUCCGUCGCAGGGGCCGGACCUCGCGUCCAACUACUGGGGGCGGCUUCAGUGAUCGCAGCUGUUCGGGUUCCCGCACCGCCUGCUGCUGCCCGAGAACCCGACCCUGGAGCCGCCAUCUAGCGACGCCCCGCACAACUACGACAUGAGCGCUCUCAACAUGACCGCGGGCCAGGACGUGCUAGCGGGAGACAUGGAGAACUCCGUCUCGUAAACGUGCUAAUGAUACAUAACUGAAGAUGUUCAAAAGUAUUCGUAAGCGAUCGUACGCGACACCGCGUGCGAUCUUUAGUGAGCUAGACUAAUGUACAUAGCGCCAUCUAUCGUCAACUAAGUAAACUUUCGUAGCGAGCGUUCCCUUACGUUUCUACGGAGAAUUAAAUGUAAAUUGUUUGUGCCAACGUUUGUAAUAAUUGAGUGUUAAGCGCCCUACGAGCACAACCCUUUUAUUUCUUUGAUGUAUGCAGUGGGGGUGCAAAAUAUUAAUGCUAUAGAGAAAAACGUGGCAAUAAGCUUCGUUACAGCAAUUUGUUUUUCACCCCUAGGCCCCUAGCGCAAAUAAAAAUUGUCAUACGAACUAAACGUCAUGUUUAUAUAAUUUAUUGUAUGAUACUAUACUAAUAGAUGUCGUAAUUUGUUGGUCAUAUCUCCCAAUAGAACUCUCGAAACGAAUUAAUUUAUAUUAUUUAUUCAUCGA